AUGAGCAAAAAGAAAAAGGAUUGGAAGACCGAAAAAGAGAGGCUUCUUCGCAUGGAUCGUGAGGAAAGACGCAGGGAGGGCUAUCGUCGUCAAGAUUAUAUAAGUCUGGAUAAGAUUCCAACCUGGAGGGAAGAAACCUACUCUGACAGCAAGGAAGAUGGAAAACUUUUGAAAGGCAGAGGCGGUCUGAAUGAUAAAGUAUCUCUUUACAAAGGAGACAUUACUGUCUUGGAGUUGGAUGCCAUUGUCAAUGCUGCAAAUUCAAGUCUACUCGGUGGAGGGGGCGUUGAUGGUUGCAUACACAGAGCUGCAGGUUCCUGUCUCUAUGAUGAGUGUCAAACACUAAAUGGCUGUGAAACUGGCAAAGCCAAGAUCACCUGCGGCUAUGAUCUCCCUGCAAGAUUUGUGAUCCACACUGUGGGUCCAGUGGCCAGAGGUCAUGUGGGCCCCACCGAGACCAAUGACCUCACCUCCUGCUACCAGAACUCCCUCAGGCUGGUAAAGGAGUAUGGCUUGAGCACUGUGGCCUUCCCAUGUAUCUCCACAGGAAUCUAUGGGUUUCCCAAUGAGCCGGCGAGUGACAUCGCCCUGAACACAGUUAAAAGUUGGAUUGAAGAGAAUCCUAAUACAGUAAGACAUGUCAUGUUCUGCAUAUUAUAAAGCAUGCAGUGA